AGUGUUUUAAUACUUCACAUUAUUAACGAUUUCCCACCGAACAACACUCCUAUCACCAAGGUGUACAUAUUUGGAAGACCAGUCUUUAUUAGACCGCCAUUCGUGAUACCACAAAGGGACAAUUAUCAGCCAAGUACAUGUUCUCGAAAAAUGCAGUGGAAAACUCGAACGUGCUGGUUAAAGAAGGUUUUCUUAGAGACACGAUUCAUGUGUUGCAACUCUAGACUUGAACAGGUAAUGAAACAAGUGUUCGAUGAGCUCACUUCAGAUGGCAAAUGGAAUCGCUGCAAUGUGCAAAAACUAGCCAACAAUUUACAGAACCGUACCGAGUCGGUUUUUAACACGAAGUUCGAAGUGUUGGUCGGUCUUGGUGAUUUCGCAUCGAAAUCACACUUCCAGGGUGAUCUCAUAUGCAAGAUUGAGAUUCAAGACAGAUUUGUUCUGUCAUACGCGACACCGAACAUACAGCAAAGUACCGACUAUCACGCACUACCUCCCUCAUUGAAGACAACUUCAACUAUAUAUCUCUCGUAA